CGUGAGCACGCACACACUCAGGCCGCCUUCGCCACGCCAAGCCGGCCGGGCACCAGGUUAAAGGGAGAAAUGGCAGCCUCCUCUUCAUCCUCUUCAGCUGGCGGAGUCAGUGGAAGCUCUGUAACUGGAUCUGGGUUCAGUGUUUCGGAACUUGCCCCACCACGGAAAGCCCUCUUUACGUACCCCAAAGGAGCUGGAGAAAUGUUAGAAGAUGGCUCAGAAAGAUUCCUUUGUGAAUCCGUUUUCAGCUAUCAGGUUGCCUCUACAUUAAAGCAAGUGAAACAUGAUCAACAAGUUGCUCGGAUGGAAAAACUAGCUGGUUUAGUAGAAGAACUGGAAGCAGAUGAGUGGAGGUCCUAGUGCUGCUGCCUGGACACCAAAAUUAAAUGAUCGAACCCCAGAUCCAUAGCCACACACGGAAAGAAGAAUGAAAAAAUGCAGGGUCUGAGAAGUUCUUAUAUAAAUUCAAGAAAAUAUUCUAACAAAUAUUCUCAAUCAAAUCUCAGACUAAGAGGAUAUGUGCCAGUAUGGAAUGUCUGCACUUUUCUCUGUCUUGCUGCCCCACCCCAUCUUCACAUACACUGAAACUAAUACAAUUUCUGAAAUGCUGGCAGUAGACCACUAUGCUGAUUUACAGCAUAUAAUCACGUAUUUUCCUGGUGGUUGGCCCCAGUGAAGGGAAGAGACAUCUUAUUUCAGACAGCCAACUGUAUUACUCCUUCAGCUCAAGUGGCAGGGGCUUGUGCUUGUGUUGCUGAGGGUCCCAGGGUUAGUCCCUGAUGAUAACCCUGCAUAAACCUGCCGCAUGAUUUAAUACUGCAGCAUUCUAGAAAUAGGAAAUGUUAUAAAUGUCACCUUGCUCUUAAUACUUGGAGCAGGUAGAGAAGGAACGGCUCUGUCUGUAUGAUAAAUACAACCAGAUCUGGGAGGGACUAGAUUAUAGUAUGGUCAUUCCCCCAACACAGUAAAAGUACAGUUGUUAUGUAAAGUAUGUGGCCCCUAAUCAUACCCAUGAAGUGUGCUAAUGCCUUAGAUAGUCCCCUACACUAAUGAGCAGAACCAUGCUAGUCCUCCAAUGUGAUUGGAUUUGUAGUGUAGAUGAGGCUUGAGAGCAUUCAGUAUGGAAGGAGUAAGAACAGGGUGAGGAAGAAGAGCAACAAAGAACAGGAGGUGGGGGGAAAGGAGGGAAAUAGAGGACUGUGAAUACUGAGGCGGGGGGGGGGAAUACACAACAAGAAGGGGAAGAGUACAACAGAACCUAUGGGGAGAGAGAAAAGCAUAAAAAUUAGAGUAGGAGUAGUGCCAGCACAGAAGGAAGGGGGAAGGCAAGACAAUACAGAUAAGCCUACUUCUCAGAGAGGCAGAUACUUUCCAGAUGGAUUUCAUCUCUAAUAAAAGGGGAACACACCCACGCAAAUGAAUCUGGGGGCAAAAAAUCAUAGAUGAAUAGACAAAUAAGUGCUUUAAUUCAUGGGUGGCCUGCCCAGGAGAUCUCCUGGCAGAGUUCUGCACUUCCAUCCAGCAAACCAGCAUAUCCUUGCUCCUAAAACAGGAAAGGUUGGGGGGGGGGGGGACGACUCCAAAGACAGCUUUGGGGUGAAGAAGAGGUUGUGCUAUGCACUGAGUGACUUCAGGCAAUUCCUUUUAGCCUGAUCAAAGAGUAGCAUUAGUGGUCUCCAAAGGGAGACCCCGCCAUUUGUUUGGAAGGAUGGUUGCUACAAUCCAGGGCCUUAGCAAUGGGAAUUGGUUUGAAAGGGCAGGAGAAGAUGUGUUCCUUAGGACUCUAAGCAAGAACAAGGAGGACAUUCCAGGGAAAUAAGAGCCUGGCCUUAUCUAGUACAGUACUAAUGAAGGGCAUUAUAAUUACACUCUAUCUCAGUCACCGAAACAGAACUAGGGAGGAGACAGAGACAGGUGCUAGACGACAAGUUAGACAACUUUCAGUGAAAUCCCUUUUAACUGAUAAGAGUCAAGCCACAAUCUACAGAGGGAUCUAUACAGAUUGCAAAGUUCUGCAAAUACUAACUUAAGCAAUGUGCAAGGGGAAUAUAGAGAGAGAGAGAGAGAGAUGUCCAGAUCUCUGAUUAUUUUUACAUCAGACCAAUUUUACAAGGCUCUCUUUUUGCAGUAGCUUGAGGCGUCCACUGUUAACUGUGGACAAUUACCCCAUGACUACAGAAAAGCUAUAUGAACCACAAUCCAACUGUCAUUAGGAGAGAAGUGGAGAAAAGUCAGUGCAGCAAGUAUCACCUCUGUCCACACUUUCAACACAUACUCUUUAACCCCUUUCCUAAGUCACAACGAUCUUAGUACACUAACAUUUGUAACAGGUAACUCGCCAGAAGACAGGUAAAUUCCAGAAGACAGCGUGUCUUCACCUUCAAGAUGUGACCUUUGUGGUCAAAAGUUUCCAUCCUGAAUUUUUUUUUCCCUAUAAUCAUAAAUGAUUGCUAUAUUUCUCUUCACUGUUUCAGCAUCAACAGAGUAAAAGAUUCAGGUACAGAAAUGAUGCAUG